AUGUUGAGGAAAUUACUCGUACAGUUUUGGAAUUCACCGGUGGGGCCAAAAACCACACACUUUUGGGGACCUUUUGCCAACUGGGGUAUUGUUAUUGCCGCAAUCAUGGAUUAUGAUAGACCCCCAGAAAAAGUCUCAGGUCCAAUGACCUUUGCUCUGUGUUGCUACAGCGGAAUUUUCAUGAGAUUCGCUUGGGUGGUUAAACCAAGGAAUUUACUCAUGUUGUCCAUGCAUGUUGUCAAUGAAAUCAUUCAAUUAUAUCACCUUACUCGAAAAAUUAGUUACGAAAUGAACAAGAAGAAUCAAGUACCUAAAGCGGAGGCAUCUUCCGAUGAAAAGUAA